AUGACCUCCCUCCGAGAUCAAGUCCAAGACGCUAUCGCUGGCUUCCCACCAAACACCCCAAUCUACAUGCUCAACCUGCUCAAAUUCCACCCGACCGCCCAAUACACACCAGAGACCUCGCCAACCACAUCACCCCUCACUGGCCAAGAGGUCUACUUCAAACACUACAUUCCUGCCUUCCGCGCCGUCGCUGCGCAGUUCGGAUCCAAGUCCACCGUUCACUUCGUGGGCACGGCCAUUGGCAACCUCAUCGUAGACCCAGGAGAGGAAUGGGAUAUGGUGGCGUUGAUCAGGUAUGAGACCGUCGAAGCGUUCAAGCAGAUUGCGACGAGCGAUAGCUAUGAUGAGAAGGCGAGGGUGCAUAGGGAGGCGGCAUUGAAGGGGUGGAAGUUGGUCGCUACUACGCAAUUCGACACUGGUGCGUGA